AUGGUGCAGAUCGCCUUAAGCCAUUAUGGCGUAGUAUCUGAUCUCUUCUUCCGUGGAGGACUCUUGAAAGGUGAGGAGGAACCGGCGUCCGCCAUGUUCUGGAGAAAGAUGCGUGCCUUUUCUGGGGAGGAGAAGGAAGAAAUAGUGCCAUCUGGGCAUGUGAUGCGUAGUGUGGCCGGAUCUUUGUGUCUUGUGUCCCUGUCCAUCUAUAUUAGAAGUGAGGUCAGGGAACGGCCUGCGCGUUAUUUGCUGGUAGCCUACUUUGCAGAAGUCAAUCGUAUUGAAGUGGCCUCAGCGCUGGCCGCCCCUAGAAGCGACGAACUGGCCAGGUCUUCGUCCGGCUCUGCCUUUAGUCCUUACCCGGGAUCAGCUGCCUUCAGCGCCCAGACGGCCACUGGCUUCAGCAGCCCUCUGCCAUACUCUAGUGACCCAGCUGGAUUCCCCUCUUACGUGGGUUCUCCGUACGAUGCACAUACCACCGGUAUGACAGGGGCAAUCAGCUAUCAUCCUUAUGGCAGCCCGGCUUAUCCCUACCAAUUAAAUGACCCUGCUUAUAGGAAAAAUGCUACUAGAGACGCUACAGCCACAUUGAAGGCCUGGCUGAACGAGCACAGAAAAAACCCUUACCCCACCAAGGGCGAGAAGAUCAUGCUGGCCAUCAUCACCAAGAUGACCCUCACCCAGGUCUCCACGUGGUUUGCCAAUGCCAGGAGGAGGCUGAAAAAGGAGAACAAGAUGACCUGGGCACCUCGCAAUAAAAGCGAGGACGAGGAUGACGAUGACGGAGAUGGAGAACGAGGCAAGGAAGAACAUCCAGAUAAGAUCCAGGAUAACAAUGAGACCUCAGCAGAGGAUGAAGGUAUUAGUUUGCACGUCGACUCCCUGACUGACCACUCGUGUUCGGCCGAGUCUGAUGGAGAAAAGUUACCCUCCAGAGCUGGAGACCAUCUUUGUGAAUCAGGCACUGAAUCCAAGGACAAGUAUGAGGAUGAAGAGGAUGAGGAAGACUUAGAUGAAGAAAACAGGAGUCUCCAACCCAAAAGUGUGACCUCAUCACCCCUCACCGGCAUAGAGGCACCGAUACUUAACCAUCAGCAUGAGGGGAGCCCCAGAUCCUCAAACAAAGCCACUCUGGACAAUAGGAUUUCCCCCACUUCUCAGACACAGGCCAGCAAACCUAAACUUUGGUCCCUGGCUGAAAUAGCCACGUCAGACGUUAAGCAUCAGAAUAUGGGGCAGAGCUGCCAGCCGUCUGCUGUGUCCUCUGCCACAUCUUCAUCAGUAUCCCACAGCUCUGCCUACCCUUCAUCUUCAAUCCUGGGAAGGCACAUAUACUACACUUCUCCUUUUUAUAGCAACUAUACGAACUAUGGGAAUUUCAAUGCUCUUCAAAGCCAAGGAAUCCUGAGAUAUAACUCAGCCACCAUGACUACCAGUGAGGGACUAAACCAAACUGUUUUAAGCAGCAACUCUCUACACAAACACACAAGCAAUGACUGUAUAAAAACUGCCAGCAGCCAGAUAGAUCAGCACUACAGGUCAGCGAGCUAUGACUCUAAAAAAGAUCCCACUGAAGUCUGCACAGUAGGAGUGCAGCCAUACCUAUAGAUGUGCAAUCAGACAGCAAUGGAAGUAGGUGUCACAAUUGCUUAGAAAAAAAAGUCAGCAAGCCAUCUUCUAUCCCCGAGCUAAUAAGUAAAACUAUCUAAAUCCGGAUCACAUCUUGUGCCACUGUAUAAAAGAAGACCCACAGAGCACUAUUAAAUCAACAGACUUUCCCCUGUUUUUGUUUUUUAAACAAUAAAGGAGAGUUCCCUUGGACAUAUGUGAAAAUGAUUGGUAUAGUAGUUACCCUGAUGUAUAUUGUGACUUUUUUGCAAUCUUUUUUUUCUCAGGAUAUCUUGACUUGAUCACUUCAUUGCCACGGUAUAUAUUCUAUAGGUAUGGUAGAAUUUAUUGUAAAGACUGACUGGAAAGGAAGAACACAAACUUAUUUCUAAAAUAGCUAUACCAUAGAGACAGUGCAUCUUGAACGAUGAACUGGAGUACUUAAUAUGUGGGGGGAAAGAAAAACAAAACAAACAAAAAAAA